AUGUUGAAUGUUUUCUUCUUUCAGGUUGUAAAUAUCAAUACAAUGGCAACAGCACAAGGUCAAGAUGUGAUACGCUGCAAGUUGUGUCCAGAACCCGUAGAUUUUCACUGCAAUUUGUGUAGUACGGAUUUAUGUAGCAGCUGUGUUUUGAGACACAUGAUGGAUAAAUCCAGGAAUCAUGAAGUUGUUGCAUUUGAGAGCAGAAAGAACAAAAUGGAGAAUCCCGAGUGUCAGUCUCACAAAAUUAAAUGCGAAACCUAUUGUCGUGAUUGCAAAGCUUCCAUAUGUAUCAAAUGCGUUAUAGGUUCACACAAAGGACAUGAUGUCAUGGAAAUAGACGAAAUAGUUCAAAUGCAACGGAAACGAAUUGAAUCUGAUAUAAAAGAUUUAGAGGAAAAUGCAUUGUGUAGAAUUAUACUCAUGAAAGAAAUUAAUUCUUCAAGCAAUGCUGUUAUUGAUAACGUCAUGGAUGAGAUAACCCAAAGAGAAAACCAAAUCAAGAUCGCAGUUCACAAUAUGGCGGAGAGGAUGAGGAGAAAGGUUGUUCUAAAUAAGAAACGGAAUACAGCUGUCAUUUCAGAAAACCAGUCAAAAAUUUCUAAUUUGGAAUCCAGAAUCAAACAAGUGAUAGAAAAGAAAAACCACAUUUUACAAUCUCGACGGAUACAGGAUAUACUGAACUAUGAGAAUAUUAAAGAAGAUUUCAAAACAGAUUUAAAUCUCGAAAAGUGUGUAUACCCACAUUUGGUAUGUAGUGAAAUUGAAAAUGAUCAAAUUGUUCGUUUGCUUGGUAAUUUGUCCUGUGAGGAGAUCCAAGCAGUCAAACAAAAUUUACAUUUGAAAGAGACCCCUGAGAUAUUGCAUUCAUGUACACUUCAGAGUUCUAACAAAUCUCUUUGGAGAAUAUUGUGUGUAGGAAAUAAUACACUGUGGGUAAGUGGAGAAAAGAACUCAAUCAAGCAAAUCGACAGACAUGGGGCACCUUUGCAGACAAUAAACACAACAAAAACCCCUGUAGCCUUCUCAUUUGAUAACUGGAAAUCUUUAACAUUUGCAGUAAAUGAUGACUCCAAUGUCUAUAUUGUCAAAGACAACAAAGUAGAGAAAUAUUUGAAUUGUGAUGGUUGGUUACCGAAGGGUCUUUGUCAUCUGAGGAACGGAUAUAUGUUGGUAAGCAUGCGCUCUUAUGAUGAGAAGCAAAGUAGAGUGGUAAGAUUUUCAGGUUCUACAGCAAUUCAGAUGAUUCAAUAUGGUAACUCCAAACAGCCUUUGUUUUCCUGUGACGUUUCCUUUGUGCUUUUGUUAACUGAGAAUGGUAAUGGGGACAUUUGUGUGGCAGACUAUGGAGGAAGUGCGGUUGUUGUUUUGGAUUCUUUUGGUGGACUGCGAUUUAAGUACGACGGAAAUCUCUCCAACCAAUCAAAGUACACACAAUUCCUGCCAAUGCACAUUGCUGCUGAUGUCAGUCAUCAGAUUCUGAUUGGUGAUAGCAGAAAUAACAUUGUUCACAUCAUUGACUGUGAUGGCAACUUUGUCCGUUAUUUAGAGCAUUCCUGUAAUGGAGGACUUAGUAUAGAUGCUGACAACAAUUUAGUUAUUGGUGAUAGAAAAAGUGGAAAAAUUCAAUUUAUCAAAUAUCUGGAGUAAUUUCCUUGUAGUGAAUAAAAUU